GAAUUGUUUCCAGGUAUCACAGAUGCCUUCUGCCAAAUAAAUUCAGGUAUUUUAAUCAAAGGAAGAAAUAGCUCUUCACCUACGAUGGAAUCUGUUGUUUGGGAAUGUGGUUAAUCAACUUGAUAAGUUGGCCAAAAGUGCCCUAUGUAAUAAAAUGGAAAGAAGAGACAAGAUGAUGUCAUUUUCCCACAUUGUGAAACCAAAAACAAAUGCCUUUGUGAGACCAAGCUAACAACGCUCUGACGGUGCAAAGAGUAUCGGACUGUUUGAAGAACUCAACAGUAAGAUACAUAAGAAGUACUUUCAAGCUGAGACCUGCAGGUGUCCAAAGAUCUAAAGAUACUGAGUAGGCCUAAUCAUUUGCAUCUCAUUCAGACUCUGAAAGGAUGGCUGUGAGUUGGGUCGUCUUUUAUCUUUGGCCCUUGACUAUGUUUGUGGGGCACAUAGGUGGGCACAGUUUGUUUUCUUGUGAACCUAUUACUUUGAGAAUGUGCCAAGAUUUGCCUUAUAAUACUACCUUCAUGCCUAAUCUUCUGAAUCAUUAUGACCAACAGACAGCAGCUUUAGCAAUGGAGCCAUUCCACCCUAUGGUGAAUCUGGAUUGCUCUCGGGAUUUCCGGCCGUUUCUUUGUGCACUCUAUGCUCCUAUUUGUAUGGAAUAUGGACGUGUCACACUUCCCUGUCGUAGGCUGUGUCAGCGGGCCUACACCGAGUGUUCAAAGCUCAUGGAAAUGUUUGGUGUUCCUUGGCCUGAAGACAUGGAAUGUAGUAGAUUUCCAGAUUGUGAUGAGCCAUAUCCUCGACUUGUGGAUCUGAAUUCAGCUGGAGAUCCUACGGAAGGAGCCCCAAUGGCAGUGCAGAGGGACUAUGGUUUUUGGUGUCCCCGAGAGUUGAAAAUUGAUCCUGAUCUUGGCUAUUCUUUUUUGCACGUGCGUGAUUGUUCACCUCCUUGUCCAAACAUGUACUUCAGGAGAGAAGAGCUUUCAUUUGCUCGGUAUUUCAUAGGAUUGAUUUCAAUCAUUUGCCUCUCUGCCACACUGUUUACUUUUUUAACUUUUCUGAUCGAUGUCACAAGAUUCCGCUAUCCUGAAAGACCGAUUAUAUUUUAUGCUGUCUGCUACAUGAUGGUAUCCUUGAUUUUCUUCAUUGGAUUUUUGCUUGAGGACCGAGUAGCCUGCAACGCAUCUAGCCCUGCACAGUAUAAGGCUUCCACGGUGACACAAGGAUCUCAUAAUAAAGCCUGUACCAUGCUUUUUAUGGUACUCUAUUUUUUUACUAUGGCUGGCAGCGUUUGGUGGGUCAUCCUUACCAUCACGUGGUUCUUGGCAGCUGUGCCAAAGUGGGGUAGUGAAGCGAUUGAGAAGAAAGCAUUGCUCUUCCAUGCCAGUGCCUGGGGCAUCCCCGGAACUCUAACUAUCAUCCUUUUAGCGAUGAAUAAAAUUGAAGGUGACAAUAUUAGUGGCGUGUGUUUUGUUGGCCUCUACGAUGUUGAUGCAUUGAGGUACUUUGUCCUUGCUCCCCUCUGCCUGUAUGUGGUCGUUGGAGUCUCUCUCCUUUUAGCUGGCAUUAUAUCCCUAAACAGAGUUCGAAUUGAGAUUCCAUUAGAAAAGGAAAACCAAGAUAAGUUGGUGAAGUUUAUGAUCCGGAUUGGUGUGUUCAGCAUUCUUUAUCUUGUACCGCUCUUGGUUGUAAUUGGAUGCUACUUUUAUGAGCAAGCGUACCGUGGCAUCUGGGAAACAACAUGGAUACAAGAACGCUGCAGAGAGUAUCACAUUCCGUGUCCGUAUCAGUUUAAGGAUCAACGUUAUGAUGGCUUCAUACAGAUAGUAAAUGAAAGUCGACAAGUACUCCAGGAACCUGAUUUUGCUCAGUCCCUCCUGAGGGAUCCAAAUACUCCUAUUAUAAGAAAAUCAAGAGGUACAUCCACUCAAGGAACAUCCACACAUGCUUCUUCAACUCAGCUGGCCAUGGUGGAUGAUCAGAGAAGCAAAGCAGGGAGUGUCCACAGCAAAGUGAGCAGCUACCAUGGCAGCCUCCACAGGUCACGUGAUGGCAGGUACACUCCCUGCAGUUACAGAGGGAUGGAGGAACGACUACCUCAUGGCAGCAUGUCCCGACUCACAGAUCACUCCAGGCACAGUAGCUCCCAUCGACUCAAUGAACAGUCACGGCACAGCAGCAUCAGAGAUCUCAGUAAUAACCCCAUGACUCACAUCACACAUGGCACCAGCAUGAAUCGGGUCAUUGAAGAAGAUGGAACCAGCGCUUAAUUUGCCCUGCCUGAGGUGGAAAACGUGCUGUUUAAAAAGCAGAUUUUAUUCUUGCCUUUGCAUGACUGAUUGCUGUGACUCACUGUUAUGCUUUCAGUCACCUGCAGAUUGUGUCCACUGGAAAGGUAAAUUUCUGCUUUUUAUAUUGCAUCAAACUUGGAACAUCAAGAAAUCCGACACGCUCAGAAUUAUGUCAUCACAAAAAUGAUUCUUCUUUCUAGGUUAUGAAGAGAUAAUUAUUUGUGUGGUAAGCAUUUUUAUAAACCCAGUUAUUUUAUAUUUAGAAAAUUCCUAAAUGUGUGGUGACUGCUUUGUAGUAAACUUUCAUAUGAACUAGUGGUGAGAUGGCAUAUUCUGGUAGUUCUGUCAGUACAACCAAGUUUCAGAAGUGAAAACAUUUUCUAUGCAAGGUUUGUUUCUCAGAUGUAUAGUGGGACUUGUAGUUCUUCUUUCCACUAAGUGAAAAAGAACUGUAUUUUUAAACUGUCGGAGAAUUUGAUAAAUCAGCAGGGGUAUUUUAGCUAAUAGAUUAUACGUACAACAGAAGAAUCUGAUGAGUCUAUUGAGGCUCUUUCAAAUUUCUAUCAAAAUAAUCUUCACCCAGAGAUAUUCAGGAUUUGAAUUAGCAGUGAACUAAAAGUGGAUAUGGACAUUUCCCCUAUAAUUUUCCUGUUUUGUUAUUUUGUAAAUACU